AUGGCUGAAGAAGAUUCUUCAGAUUCUGAUGUACAAAGCGUUGUCAUCGAUCGACAUUCAAAAGACCCGUCGCAAGAUCCGCGUAGUCCAUACUUUCUCCAUCCUAGUGAGAAUCCUGGCGCUGUUCUCGUUUCGCCGUCUCUGAACGACAACAAUUAUCACAAUUGGUCUCGUGCGAUGCGUCGAGCUCUCUCAUCGAAGAACAAAAUCAAGUUCAUCAAUGGUACACUUCUUCAACCUCCGGUUCUUGAUCCCAAUUAUAAUCUCUGGGAUCGUUGUAACAACAUGGUAAUUUCUUGGAUCACCAGAACUCUUUCCCCUCACAUUUAUCAAAGUACAAUUUGUAUUGAUUCUGCGUAUGAAUUAUGGAAAGACCUUGAAGAUCGAUUUACCUAUUCACGUACCAGGCCCAAAGAGUGUUGGGCGUGA